AUGACACUCUCCACAACCCCCAGCUCUGCGCAGGCGCACCUGGGUCAAUCCUCGCUCAAUAAAGAAGCAAUCCCCCAAUCGAGAGAGAUGGGGGAUGUGAUUCCGAGUCGAACACCAGCCGCCGAACCGAAGUCUGAGGCGAAGCCGUUCGCGCACUUCGUCGCCGGAGGGUUAGGAGGAAUGACCGCUGCGACCCUCACCUCCCCGCUGGACGUCUUGAAGACGCGCCUGCAGUCCGAUUUCUACCAGGCGCAGCUCCAGGCCCUGCGCGCUUCGAAGCCCGCGCCCGCAGCAUCCUCGAACACGCUGGUCCACCUCACCCGAACGGCGGGCAUGCAUUUUGGCGAAACCUUCCAGAUCCUCCGGUCGAUCCACGUCCACGAAGGCUGGCGCGCGCUGUUCAAGGGCCUGGGCCCCAACCUGAUCGGUGUCGUGCCGGCGCGCGCCAUCAACUUCUACGUUUAUGGAAACGGGAAGCGGAUCCUGAGUGAUUACUUCGGGUACCGGACGGCCGAGCAGACUCCCAUGGGCAUUCACCUCGCCGCCGCAUCGAUCGCCGGCAUUGCGACCGGAACCGCCACGAACCCCAUCUGGCUGGUGAAGACACGCCUGCAGCUGGACAAGUCGAACGCCGAACAUGGACAGAGCCGGCAGUACCGGAACAGCUUCGACUGUGUCAAGCAGACUGUGCGCCACGAGGGCAUCAAGGGCCUCUACCGUGGCCUGUCGGCUUCGUACCUGGGCGUGACGGAAUCCUCGCUCCAGUGGGUGAUGUACGAGCAAAUGAAGAUGUAUCUUGCCCGCCGUGAUGCCCUCAAGAAGUCUGAUCCGGGGUACGAAUACACAUCGUGGGACUCGGCGGAGCUCUGGGGUGGCCGCAUCAGUGCGGCUGGUUUGGCGAAGCUGGUCGCGGCCGCGAUCACGUACCCCCAUGAGGUUGUGCGGACUCGUCUGCGUCAAGCCCCGACGGUCUCGGUGGGCAAUGGCAAGGUCGAGAUGAAGUACACUGGCUUGGCGCAGUGCUUCAAGACCGUUUGGAAGGAGGAGGGCAUGGUCGCCAUGUAUGGAGGCUUGACGCCGCAUUUGCUCCGUGUCGUGCCCUCCGCUGCGAUCAUGUUUGGAAUGUACGAGUUCAUCUUGCGCGUGUUUGGCACGACUUCAUAA